AUGACUAGGAAGAAGGUAAAACUGGCUUUCAUCACUAAUGAUUCGGCAAGAAAAGCAACAUUCAAGAAAAGGAAGAAGGGUCUGAUGAAGAAGGUGGGUGAACUCAGCACCCUUUGUGGUAUUGAUGCCUGUGCUAUUAUAUAUAGUCCAUACGAAUCUCAGCCUGAGGUUUGGCCAAAUACCAUGGGAGUUCAACGUGUAAUUUCCCAGUUCAAGAGAAUGCCUGAAAUGGAGCAAAGCAAGAAGAUGGUGAAUCAAGAGAGCUUCAUCAGGCAAAGGAUAGCCAAGGCAAACGAACAACUCAAGAAACAGCACAAGGAUAAUCGAGAGAAGGAGAUGACUGAGGUGAUGUACCAGUGCUUGACUGGAAAAGGGAUGCAGAACAUGUCCAUGCCAGAUUUGAAUGAUCUGGGGUGGCUGAUUGAUCAGAAUCUGAAGGAGAUUUACAAAAGAAUUGAUUCCCACAAGAAAAUGGCUCCUCAUCAUCAGCAAAUUUCACAGCCUCAGGCAGCAACAGCGCCACCGCCGCCAGCACAUCCACCUGUGACUCUGGCUGCUAAUGACAUGCUAGCUGGAGGAGUACAAGUACAGGAGCAGAAGCCAUCGGUGGAUCUGACCAUGGAUGCAGCAGUUCACAGGCCUCAAUGGUUCACGGAUUGGAUGAAUAAUCCUGCAGGUGAAAACAUGGGUUUUGGUCAUGGGGAUGAGAUGAUGAUGCAAUUUCAUGACAAUCAUAAUCCCAUGUGGUCCAGUGCCUUCUUUCCCUGA